AUGGCCCAACAACAACAACAGCAACAACAACCAAUGUCCUCACGCGCUCAAGAGCUUGGCCUUAAGCAAACAUGGUAUGCCCCAAUGGAAGAUACCACCGAUGUAGUUGGCUUUUUAUCAAACAAUUGGGGUGUCAACAACAACAACUUUUACGGCAAUUCCGAUGUAUCUUUUGAAUCGGAUCCCAUCACCAACAACGCCUCUCAAACUGUCAUGUCAGUGUUGUAUGCUGCUGGAUCAUAUUCGCCAAGCGGUAAACAUGCCAAGGAUGGCAGCUUGGGAGGCGCUGAAUUCAACGCAGCACCCUUUGGAGGCGCAUCGUAUGACAGCGCGCUAUUGAGCUAUGACCUUGCGUUUGCCGAAAACUUUAACUGGGUUCUCGGCGGAAAGUUACCAGGCAUCUAUGGAGGCGCCGAUGACGAAGGCUGUUCAGGUGGUAACCAGGCUGAUGGCUCCAACUGCUUUUCAAUGCGUCUCAUGUGGCGUGAAGGAGGUGGCGGUGAAGCCUAUGCGUACCUUCCAGAUAAUAGUAUUUGUGGCAAAAGCAACACUGUAUGCAAUGACGAAUAUGGUAUCAGCUUUUCUCGCGGUGUUAUCCGUUUCAAGACCAACGAAUGGACCAAGCUGGAAAUUUACGUUAAAAUCAACAAUGCAACCGAAUCCAACGGCAUCCUUCAAGUGUGGCAAGAUGGCUCGUUGGUGAUUAACCAGCAAACGCUAAAGUACAGAACAACCAAUGCCAUUGCAGCCACGAGUAUCAUGUUCAGCACUUUCUUUGGCGGAGGCGAUACCAAGUACGCCACGUCUGUUGAUACGUUCACCUACUACAAGAACAUUGAGUUCAGCGUUGGCAAUGAGGUUGAGCUUAGCGAUAGCGCAUCCGCUCGUGUCACGGUGACCUAUUCACUUGCUGCGCUUGGUGCCGUUGCCGGCUUCUUUUUAUUAUUGUAG